UUAAAGGUGAACAACCCCUUUAAUGUACUGUUGCCUUCACAAUAUUAAACUCAUGUAUUUAUACAAAUAUACUCUUAUACACUGAUCUCGGAGACACAAGGACCCGCCUGGAAAGGUCAGCACCAAAUUACCUGCUGCUCUACCAAUGGAAGUCGGUUGUUUUUCCAGAAACGGUGCCACGGUAGAUAAUCCCUAGUAUGUACAUAGAAUAUUACACAGAAUUAUUAUCUUUUAGUGGCCUGAUAUUUCCUGUCCUAUCAGCACAGUUGUGUUUUUCCCUUACAUUUCAGACAUUUGCUGCAAGGUUGCUCUAAAUACAAUGACAUUCAAAUAUUUGCUUUGCAGCCGUAAUGUAUACGUGGGCACAUGAUAAGAGCGGCCAAUCUGUAAUGAUUCCAUCUGCGGGGAAUAAGUACCAGAGAAACCUACUGUUUGACUUACUUUCCAAUGAAAGAAUUUCUCGGAUCCUCGGAAGAACCCAACAGCAAAUAAUGACCCUGGGGCUAUUUUCUCCUAUAGGUUUAUCAGUAGUUGAAGCAGUAUCUAUGGGUCACAGCCAUUCCAGUGUUGUUUACGGGCAACCGAGCACUAGUGAGAUGGAUAUCUUGGACAGGGAAUGGCAUUCUGGGUCUCCCAGGAGAUUCUGAUCUGUAUUAUCAUAGAAUUCACAACAAAACUGUAAUAUUUACAGAGAUAAACAUGUUUUUUUUCCCCUAUAAAAAUGUUGGAGCCCAUGUAGGUCUUCAUUAUUCUGAUAGGAUAUUUCAGGUAAGUAGUUAUUUAGUACCUUUGUGUAUUCAAAUCUGCAGCAUGAUCUCUAGGUGUUGGUGAAAUAUAACUCACAAAUGCCACACUGGGAGCUCACAGUGAUCCGUGAGUUUGAAUACCAGCCCCUUACUGAUAAAAAGGAAAUUAUAUAGUAGAGAAACUCUGCAGUUCUGGGAUCUAUUAUCUGGAAAGCUACUGGUUAUGGGAUUUCAUAAAAUGGAACAUUGUGCCUUAAGGACAAGGAAAGGUACAAUAACUAGGGGGUGCUGACAAGGGACACCCUGUGCCACCUGUUAUGCUGGCCCCCCUUCACUGCGCUUAUGUUUCCAGCACCGGAUUGUGCUCUCUGCAAUAGAAGAGCUGAACGUACGGUUUAUUACCUGGGAAUUCAACACUUAAAGUUACCAGAAUAGACAUUUUUGCCACCCCUGGUAACUUGUGGGGUGCUGCUGCCAAUGCAGUCUUCCCAAAAUGUUUCGGCCCUGGGUACUUUUCUGCACAGCAUUGUGGUAUUAUUCUCAUCCAAUCCCCCAGCAUCCUCUGUGCCACCCUGGCCUAGCCCAUGCGUGUUAGUUCUUCCCUGAUUUCUAUACUGUGCAGAGGAUGCUGGGACAGCGCAUUGCUGAGAAGUAAUGUCCCCUGGACCACAACAUUCUGGAUAACAGAUCCCAUACCUGCAUUGCAUUUUGCAGCUUUUGCUGAAUUCUGUGUUUUUCAGCUUCCUACCAAGAGGCACAUCUGUGGAACAGACUGAGGAUGUGGAGCCGAGUCUUUGUCUGUGGGGUGGUAUCUCUCUGUCUCGUCUGGCCCGAGGCUGUUACCGCUGGAACCAGUUUUCUGAGCCCGGCAGAUUUGCAAAAAUCUUCAGUUAAGAGACCGCCCAGAAAGCUGCAGCACAAUGAGCAUCGCAGGGAGGCUUUGGACCCUUGGGACAGUCCAGUGGGUGAAAUGCCCGAUGAGGAGAAGGGAUUCAGGCUCUCACUCCCACUGGAGAUCAACCUGAAAAUGGCAGAGGAGCAAUUCCAAAAACAAAAAGCUGCUCUCCAGGAUAUCUUACUUGCGUUAUUCUCCAUCACUCCAUCUCAAGAUACGCAAGAUAGAACUGAAUAACAAGGAAGAAUUGACUAAAACCACAUGAUCCAGUGUGACAGACAGCUACUCCCAGCAGCUCCCAACAUGCUAUUAUGUCUCUGAUUAAUACAGAUAAGUUAGGUUAGGCAAACUCAGCAACAUUGUAUUAGUGGCACUUACAUCCUUACAGCUGUAUAUUAUUUCUGUAGUUAAUAAAUAUAUACUAUGCAUUUCA